UUCUUCUUUGUUUGCUCCCAUCUUGUUUCCCCGCUGCCCAGGUAGGCAGAGAUGCAGGCAACUUCAUCCACUGGAGACAGCCCCAGCGAGCGCUGCAUCCCGCCCCGGGGUGGUAUUUGCAAGACACAGGAAGGGAGCAGCUGGGAGCGGUGGCUGCUGGGAAGAAGGAGGCAGGAGCCGGGAGAACAAAACCCAGGGGUGGGGGGCAGCUCCUGGGGGCGGGGCUCUGGCACAGACCGAACUCUGUUGUUGCCUUGUGUGAUCCGGGAGCCCGGGCUGGUCAGCUGCUGCUCCCCGGGGUCUGUGCGGGGGAGAUCUCGUCAUUAAAGCUCCUUCCCUGCCGCGCCGGGCGAGCUGGGACGUUCUCCAGGGGAACCAGCCUCCUAGAGCCCCGGACUCUGUCACCAUCAGCUCCGGCGCCAGAGACUCCAAUUGCCCUUCUCGCCCUGCCAGGCUGCAGGAUGACGUCCAUGUUUUGCUCCACCUCAUCAUAUCCUCUCAUGGGACAGGAAAGAGAAAUGGCUGCGGUGGAACCAGUUCAGGGGCUGGUGACCUUCGAGGACGUGGCUGUGUAUUCCACCAGUGGAGAGGGGGCUCUGCUGGACCCCACUCAGAGAGCCCUCUACAGGGAUGUCAUGCAGGAGAACUAUGAGACGGUGGUCUUGCUGGGGUUUCCAGUUUCCAAACCUGAUGUGAUCUCACACCUGGAACGAGGGGAAGAGCCGUGGGUCCCUGCCCUCAAGGGCUCUGAGAAAGAAGUGCUCCUGAGAGCUGCCUGCACAGGGAGUGACCUAUGUCUGGAUUCUCUGUGUCUCCUAUCAGGUGAUGGGAUGGUGAGUGAGAAUGAGGAGGAGAAACCCCAGCAGGAAGAUGCUGAGCAAGUAGAACCACAUGGAACGUUAUCAGGAAGAUCCAAAGCUAGUGUUUCCAGGAGUUGUGCACUCCAAGAAAAAGCAAAAGUCUGUGAGACUCAAGGGAGGCCAGAGAGAAACUUCAGUAGCCACUCAGACUUUAUAACACAUGACAGAAUCAACUUGGAAGAGACACGCUACAUGUGCUCUGAGUGUGGGAAAAGCUUCAAUAGGCGCUCAAACCUUAUCAGACAUCAGAGAAUCCACAAAGGAGAGACACCAUAUAUGUGCUCUGAGUGCGGAAAAAGCUUCUAUGAGCGCUCACACCUUAUCACACAUUGCAGAAUCCACACAGGUGAGAAGCCCUACACGUGCUCUGAAUGCGGGAAAAACUUCAAUGAGCGCUCUCACCUUAUUACACAUUGCAGAAUCCACACAGGAGAGAUGCGCUACACAUGCUCUGAGUGUGGGAAAAGCUUCAAUCAAAGCUCAGACCUUAUCAGACAUCAGAGAAUCCACACAGGAGAGAUGCCCUACACAUGCUCUGAGUGUGGGAAAAGCUUCAAUCAGAGCUCAGACCUUAUCCGACAUCAGAGAAUCCACACAGGUGAGAUGCCCUACACGUGCUCUGAGUGUGGGAGACACUUCCGUCGGAGCUCACACCUUAUCAGACAUCAGAGAAUCCACACAGGUGAGCUGCCCUACACGUGCUCUGAGUGUGGGAGAAACUUCCGUCAGAGCUCUCACCUUAUCAGACAUCAGAGAAUCCCCACAGGAGAGGUGUCCUACAUGUGCUCUGAGUGCAGGAAAAGCUUCAGUUGGAACUCAGACCUUAUCAGACAUCAGAAAAUCCACACUGGAGAGAUGCCCUACACAUGCUCUGAGUGCGGGAAAAGUUUCAAUGAACGGUCAAAACUUAUCAGACAUUGUAGAAUCCACACAGGAGAGAAACCCUACACAUGCUCUGAGUGCGGGAAAAGUUUCUAUGAACGGUCAAAACUUAUCAGACAUUGUAGAAUCCACACAGGAGUGUGACGUUAUUGAUAUAAUCUGGGACCAUAUAGAUCAUUGCUGCAACCAAGGUCCUGUAGUGGCACGCAAAUCUUGUAUAAAGGGGGUCAAAUGGGGUGUCUAAGACAAGGUUAUGGUUUACUGGUUAUGAUUAUGCUGUCUAUAUGUGUGUAUCACUUUUGUAGUUGAAGUUAUGAAUAUUGGCUCUAUACUGUCUGUAUUUCAAACUUAUGCUAUGCUGCUGGGUGACAUCCCAGACAAACUGGUGUUAGCUCUGCCUAGCCUGCUUGAUGGCCCAUUAAGGACCAUCAGCUAUACAAUGGACCCAUUGAGAGAAGGCAGAUACGCCUUGUAACUCAGCAAAGUAUGCAGGGACUGGCCCAUGUGACUCCAGAAUCCAUUUUGCUGUAAUUUUCCACAGUAAGAACAAAGAGGUGUUCUUACACCUGGAAAAGACUAUAUAAGGCUGAUGCCUCAUCUCCAUCUUGUCUUCAAUCCUGCUUCUUACCUCUGGAGGAACUUUGCUACAAGCUGAAGCUUUGAACAAAGGACUGAGGACCCAUCCCAGUGGAGGAUGUAUUCCAGAGACUUGAUUUGAACCUGCAGUUUAUUCCAUCGCUGCUGCAAGCCUGAACCAAGAACUUUGCCAUUACUGUAUGUAAUUGAUUCCAUUUAACCAAUUCUAACUCUCAUCUCUAUCUUUUUCCUUUUAUGAAUAAACCUUUAGAUUUUAGAUUCUAAA